CUCCGAACCUGCAUUGAGAUGUAGUUGUCUUCAGGCUUGUACUUUAUUUGUAUCUUGUGAAAGGGGUCAAAACUGGCUCUAUAACAAUCAACAAGCAGCGUCGUUUAUUGCACUGGCUCUGCUAGAUCAAAGUCGUUAUGUUGUUUCAGAAGCCUGUCGAUUGUUUACGAUACUAUUGAUGAUCAAGAGUCCUGUCAGUGAUGUUUUGGACCCUUCAGCUCAGAUCAAGUCCAUCCUGUCUGUUCAUACCAACCCUUCUCAGGUCACAGCAGCCCUUGAGUUUUGCUGGUCGAUUAUCAGUCAAAAGGACCCGAUCACUCUUGAUUAUUUGCAUCGUACACAGCUGUUAUUCCCUACAAUACCACUGCUCUGUUCUGCUCAUAGAAUGAUUCGGGCCAGAGUGAUUGAAAUCCUGUCUGUCCUGUUCUCUUGGGACCCAGAUCCAAUCCAGACUUUGGGAUUAAGAAAUGUGCAGAAGAGUCCGAUCGAUGGCGUGUACCGCAUCAUGCUGGAUUUAGGUAAAGAGAUGUUGAUGGCUCAAGACGGCUCGCUGGACCAAGUCAUGACGGGCGUCAGCUUACUCGAGACAUCUAUCGAGCUGCUAAAAAGAAUGGAUUCGCCCGAUACCCAAGAGAUGGUACAAUUGAUUGUCACGUUGAUAGAUAUUUGUUUAAACCGAUACGUUUCAAUGACAGAAGGCAGACAUGUAAGACUUCUACUCUUCAUAGAACAGUAAACUUACAACCUCAUCAGAUACAAUCUCUGUUGAAAACGCCCCGUAUGAAAAACAACGUACUUCAGCUCUGUCUGAGAAUACUCCAUGCGCUUAUUCUCAUACGACCUAUCCUUCUAGAGGUAAGAAGAAACGAGUGAGAAAAACUCGUUUUAAUACCUAUUAGGAUAAGCAUCUUGUUCAAAGCAUCCUUACUGUGCUUCAGUGCACAGAUGCUUAUAUGGAUCAGCGCGUGAUGAAAUCAGAACUAGACUUACUACAAGCAUCAUUUCCUUAUCUAACCUGUAAGCUUCAGGUAAUCCAGCUAGUGAUCGAUGUGAUGAACAGAGACGAGAUGGAUGUCAAAGGCAUGUCUCUUGUACUAGACACCUUUGAUGUCUU